AAUCACAUCCCCCCCCCAGCAGUGGAGCCAGGCAGGGCUGUCAGGAAAGGUGGGGCACGGUGCCAAAGGGGCCGUACCCCCUGCCCCAUACCUGGGCUGGGAGGGGCAAGGGAGGUGCUUCGUGCCAGCUCUGCUCCCUCCCCCCACUUUCCCCAGCUCUGCUUUUUGCCCCCAGCUGGGAACCAGGCAUCUCUGCUGCCCUGGCAGGUCCCGGUGGGUCCCGCAGCAGUGAAGGGCAAUGGGGCGAAUCCCCCACAGACUGGGCAGCCCUUGGACAGGGAUUUUCCUGGCAGCCUCCAUCCUGGGCUCCUGCCUCCAGCCAGCACUGGCCCAGACCCCAACCCCAGUGACCAUCGUCCUCACCCCGCCGAGCCCCGUGGUGGGAGGGGGCAUCAGCCUGGUCCCACAGAAUCCUCCACAGGACUUCCUGUCCUGCAGCUGGUACCAAUCAGCGACCGCUGAUGGAAACAGCCGGAUCCUCACCUAUGACCCAGGAACACCCCUCGUUCAGACUAAUGGCUUGGCCCACACGGGGCGGGAGACAGCGGGAUUGAUCUGCUCCCUGCACAUUGCGGGGUUAACGCUCAACAACACCGGGAACUACACAGUGCAGAUACAGAGCCCGACUAGCCCUGUCCCUGCCAUCACAGUGUAUCUGCGUGUCUCUGAAAUGCUGCCCAGGCCCACAGUGACGCCUGACCAAGUCCAGGUGCUGGAGAACGGGACCUUCACACUCAUGUGUAACAGCUCCCCUCGCGCUGACACCGUGCUCUGGCUCCAGGACGGGGUGUCCCUCACACCCAGUGACCGGCUGGGGCUGUCCCCUGACAACCGGACCCUCACGGUGCUGGGUGUCACCCGGGGCGACGCCAGUGCCCACCAGUGCAAGGUCAGGAAGCUCAUCAGCACCAAAUGCAGCGAGCCCAGCACCGUGACAGUGGCCUAUGGGCCAGACUCCACCAGGAUAGACCCGCCUGGACCCAUCAACCUAACCUUCGGGUCACUUCUGAACCUGACGUGUGUCACCGACUCUGUCCCAGCCCCGAGCUAUCGCUGGGUUCUCAACGGCACCGACAUGAAGAAGACCGGGACCAGCUUGAGCUUUAGCCCCACGACCUGGCCUCAGCACGGCACAUACGAGUGCCUGGUUCACAACCCCGUCACCAGCCGCACUGCCUGGGCGUCUGUCGCCGUGUGGGUCAUGGAAAUCCUGCCCAGGCCCACGGUGACGCCAAACCAAACCCAGGUGCUGGAGAAUGGGACCUUCACCCUCACGUGUAACAGCUCCCCCAGCACUGACACUCUGCUCUGGCUCCGGGACGGGGUGUCCCUCGCGCCCAGUGACCAGCUGCGGCUGUCCCCUGACAACCGGACCCUCACGGUGCUGGGUGUCACCCGGGGCGAUGCCAGUGCCCACCAGUGCGAGGUCAGGAAGCCCGUCAGCACCAAAUGCAGCGAGCCCAGCACCGUGAUGGUGGCCUAUGGGCCGGACUCCACCAGGAUAGACGCACCAGGACCCAUCACCCUGACCUUCGGGUCCCCUCUGACCUUGACAUGUGUCGCUGACUCCGUUCCAGCCCCGAGCUAUCGCUGGGUUCUCAAUGGCAUCAACACUAACGAGACCGGGACAAGCUUGACCUUUAACCCCACGACCUGGGCUCAGCAGGGCACAUACGAGUGCCAGGCUCACAACCCCGUCACCAGCCGCACUGCCUGGGCAUCUGUCGCCGUAUCCAACCCUCCCCACAACUCUCCUCCAGAUGCCCCUUGUCCAGGUCUCUCUGCUGGGACCGUCACUGGGAUCAUCAUUGGGUCACUGGUGGGGGCGGCGCUGGUCGGAGUCAGAGCCUAUUUCCUCUACUCUCGGUGCCGGAACGGGACCCCCAAGGAGAACGGGGCACCCGUCUUGGUGUACGAGAACCUGCCCCCGACAGCCGGGGUGGGGCCAGUGGCCCAGCCCGGGAGCCCUCCUGACCCCAGCCCCUUGUACCAGACGCUGCAGCCCCGACAGCCAGACGUGUACAAGGAGCUGAAGUGAUGCCCCCUCCUGCCCCCCAGUGUAUGCUGGGAGGGGCCCGGUGCAUGCUGGGAAAGGCACGUACCUGAGCAUGUGUCCCGCCGCCCAGGGACGUCCCGCCGAUGAAGCGUUAAAGGGCAGGAACAGCUACCGCCUGGCCUGGGGGGUCCAUCCGUCCAUCCAGGCUGCUUCCCUGGCGCCCAUCACUGCAGCUUCUGGGCCCCUCCAAA